AUGGAGACCGGAAGUCUGAUCCCGAAGAGAACCUGGGAGACAGGAAAUCUGAAUCAGAAGAGAACCUGGGAGACCGGAAGUCUGAUCCCGAAGAGAACCUGGGAGACCGGAAGUCUGAUCCCGAAGAGAACCUGGGAGACCGGAAGUCUGAUCCCGAAGAGAACCUGGGAGACCGGAAGUCUGAUCCCGAAGAGAACCUGGGAGACCAGAAGUCUGAUCCCGAAGAGAACCUGGGAGACCGGAAGUCUGAUCCCGAAGAGAACCCGGAAGACCGGAAGUCUGAUCCCGAAGAGAACCUGGGAGACCGGAAGUCUGAUGUCUGAUCCCGAAGAGAACCAUGGAGACCGGAAGUCUGAUCCUGAAGAGAACCUGGAAGACCGGAAGUCUGAUCCCGAAGAGAACCCGGGAGACUGGAAGUCUGAUCCCGAAGAGAACCCAGGAGACUGGAAGUCUGAUCCCGAAGAGAACCCAGGAGACUGGAAGUCUGAUCCCGAAGAGAACCCAGGAGACUGGAAGUCUGAUCCCGAAGAAAACCCAGGAGACUGGAAGUCUGAUCCCAAGAGAACCCAGGAGACUGGAAGUCUGAUCCCGAAGAGAAACCAGGAGAACUGGAAGUCUGAUCCCGAAGAGAACCCAGGAGACCUGAAGUCUGAUCCCGAAGAGAACCCAGGAGACUGGAAGUCUGAUCCCGAAGAGAACCGGGAGACUGGAAGUCUGAUCCCAAAGAGAACCCAGGAGACUGAAAGUCUGAUCCCGAAGAGAACCCAGGAGACUGGAAGUCUGAUCCCCCCCGACCCCCCGAGAAACCGAACGGGAGACUAG